AUGAGGCUAUGAUUACUAUGCAGUUGGUACAAGUUGUAUCGAAACUUAAAGACGGCAUGAACUAAGAAAAGUUUCCUAGGAAUACCCUCUAGAAACUCGCUACACGACAGCUUGGCUUCUUUCUGAUAGCGCUUGGUCGAAUGUUCCAGUCGUCAAACCUCGACACUCUGUUCCUACGUAUCAUGAAAGUUCUGUUCGUUUUUAGAAUAAAUAUAUGACAAUGAGUACUAUCGAUACUAUUUUGCCGGUACUGAAUAUUUUGCUACUAUGUUUUGCGAGUGGAUACUCCGUUUUUGAGUUUGAAUUUGAUGAGGAGAACAAAGUUUACGCGUUGGCACAAAGCAGUAUGGGUCAUUGUGGUUUUGACAUAUCUAAAGUUGAUGCCUAUUGCUAUUGGAAUGUAAAGACGGAAACAUGGAAAUGUGCUUAUACAUGCAAACCUGGAUAUUUUGUUUUGGUUAUAGAUGACAAUACUUAUCCUUUUAUUGUAGAAGAUUGUAACUACAAAGAGGAUGAAUGGCUGGAAAACAGAUGUGUUCCUGAACAAGACGUUGAUCAUUUUUGUCUUGGAGAUUACGUUGAACAGAUAGACCUCUGUCCAUAUUCGAUAGAUGCAUUGUUAACUUGGUACAACGAGACAGAUGAUUACAUGUUCAAACGACCGCCAUUUCAAGCACAGUCACUUGGUUUCUUACUACAAGUACAACUACAAGUCGAGAAUGAUAAUGACGUACAAAGAAGUUUUAAGUCAAAGAGAAAGAAUACGUGCCAGGUGAGCGGAUACUUUCCCUGUACCACUCUGAGUAUGUGUCCUUGGCAGAGAAAGGGGAAGAAAUGUGGAGCUGUAACUCAAUGCGGAUUCGACUGCAACAGAAUACAAUGCAUGAAAUAUUGUCUAAGAUGCAAACGUGGACGUCUUGCUGCUAAAUGUUUUCAAUACAAGACAUUUGCCUAAAUACUAAUUUCCUCUCAUGCUGUCCCGAAUAUGAUUGACUGUUGAGAAGUAUUUUAGGGCAAUAUUCUUGUCUUAUAUAUAUAAAUAUAUACAUAGCUGCAUUGACUUGUAUGUUUUGUUAAAUGAACCCAUAAUUUCACGCGUGAUAGCCACAACGAAAUUUCCAUAAUUUUUAUUUGCGCCUCACGAAUCACAUGUUCAACAUAUUUUCGUGGUGAUCAAUUAAUGUAAAGGAGAAUGUAAUAAAUUAUGUGAAUUAUUGAAAA